AUGGAAAACCAAGUGCGGGCAGAGCUGCAGAAAAAGGACUUCACGAGCGCGGAGCUGGACAAUGCGAGCCGUUCUCUCAAGCGGAUGGCUGAUGUUUCUGUGGAUGACCAAAUGAUCCACUUGUUCUGUGCUCUGAAGAGGGUUAAGGGUCAAGGUGCAAGACUGAAUGCCAGCAUCUUGUCCCAGUGGCAAGCCAGGAGCGUGCAGUCCACGACAGUGAAGAGCACCUACUGGGUCGUGCCAAACACCGCACCGGAGCUUGCCCAUCCGGAUAUCCAGCAGCACAUCGUAGAUCCGGAAGAUCUUCCGGAAGUUCCCUCGGGCCUUCUUCAGCAAGGCAUUUGCUUCGUGGAUCAGGUGGUUGAUCGCUCCAAGCUAGGCAAGCAUGUGAGCACCAUAGAGCUUGCGCUUGGCGUCCAAAGGUUUUCCUCUCCAGAUCCUUUGGAUGCCACAGUUGCUGCCUUCUGGUUCCGGGCAUACAGCAAGCACAUCCUUCGCAAGUAUGAGACGUCCAAGAAAGCGCCAGACGACUUCUUGAAGAGCUUGGACCCCUGCACAUCUUUGUGCAUCAAGUUCACCGUGAAAUCGCUGCUGGCGCACAAGGCGCUGGAGGAGCUGGCGUUCUUCACGGAGCCCCUGAAGCAGCUGAAAGAGAGAUUGCCAUCCUUCCUCCCGGAGUUGGCCGAAGCGUUGCUGCACAUGGAGGGCAGCCUGAAGUCCGUGGAUAAAGUCUCCUUUGAGCACUUGGACCUAAGCCAGCAGAGGCUGUUGUACCGCAGCGUGCUCUACCAGCAGUUUGUGGCUGCUAGGGCGCAUGAAGACUUGCAGCGCGAGAUGAAGCGUGUCCGCGCUGGGGGAACCUUUGAGCCUGAGCGUAUACAAAGCAUGCUGAAUGGCCCUGCAACAGAGCAGGACAAGGCGAACAUGCGUUUCGGCUUGGACUGGUUCACAUCCAUGGCCAAAGAAGACCGAGUCAAGCUACUGAGCACUCAUGGUCUGAGACAGCCGAAGUUCAGGUUUAUCAUGGCGAAGCCUGAAAAUUUUGAACGGCUCGCGCAGUGGCUGGAUGAAGGUGCGACAGAUUCCGACGUGGCGAUCAUGGAGCUUCAGCCUUUGACGGUCAAGACUGCAACGCUUGAAGAUCUUGAUCCACAAAAAGUGCUUCGCAUGGCGCUUUUGGUUGCGAAGGAAGUGAAUUGCAUCAAUACCGUUGUGCAUCCACUGUUUCGCUCCCUCCUCAAAGAUUUCCAAAAGGUCCUUCAUGCAGCAGGCGACUCCGACUUGCGCGUGGAGUUGGCCAAAGCUUGCUUCAUGGAAGCUUGCUCACAGAAAGCGGGCAUCAAGGGGGUCAUCAUACACUUCUCCACCGAGGCCUUGGCGGCUGAGGAGCACAAGGACGCGAUUCAGAACAUGAGCAAACUCUUGCCGCAGAGCUCUUCGGUGUCCGAGCAUGGCCCAGCGCACAAGUUCCUUUGCGAGGUGGUCAGGGUCGCUAAGAUGUAG